AUGAGCAUGAAGCGGGAUCUUCAUCUGGUGCUGCGGCGCAGUCGUGCCACCGACGCGGCCGAUGUCUUAUGCCUAGCACGGCUUAGCGCAGCUACGCAGUGCGGUCCCCCCGCGACGCUAUUUCCGUGGCGAACUGAGGCGGACUUUCUGACACUCAUUGAGAGCACCGUUGCCUGCGUUACGGCAACCUCCACGGUCACCGGAAAGGUGGCAGGGUUUAUUUGCCUCGACGACGUACCGCAUCUCGCUUCGAUUCCUGCAGACAUGUGGGAAUACUCACUGAAACGUGACGAGAAUCACACCGAGGAGGAGGCUGCUGCGCAAAUUGCGCCGUACAACACACUCUGGUUGAAGUCUUUGCUCGCACCUCCUUCCAGCGCGUUCCGGUCGGAUACAAUAAACGCAGACAACUCCAAGGCUUUACAGGUGGAGCGGGAACUGUUACUGUUUGCCUACAAGGAGGAAGACGUUAUUCUGGAGCUGCUAUCCGUUGUGCUGACCAAUCUGCCACAAACGAUGCACGUGCUUGUUGCCUUUCCGUCGGGGUGCGAGUACCCACCGCUUCAGGGAUUUGGCACAAACGCUGUGUCCCUCGUGAACUGUCCCUUUGAGGGCGCGCUGCUUCACAUUAUGGCACCCGACCUGGUGCCGCGGCUGCAGCUUCGCCUGGGGAUCAUGGAGGACUACGAUGACUUUGUUCCGCAUUUGCUAAGUGGGUACGGCCUCAUCACGGCACUGCCAGAGGAGUUCUACCUGGACGAGAUCCUCAAAGACCAGGACACCUACCACAAGGUCGUCAUCGCGGAGGAUGCCGCCACCCACCGCGUGGUUGGCCUCAUGUGCCUCGAGGCGUCCAUCGAGGAGCAGCAGAUGGCGUCGCGGCAGUACAUGACAGAGGUGUUUGGCAAACUUCGCCCGCUGAACAGCAGGCGGGGGAGCGGCCAAAGCGGCGUCUUUGACAUCCCAAAUGUGGUGAGAAUUAAUUUUUUCCAACUUGAUCCCGACUACUCCCUCUGUGCCAAUCAGUUUCUGCCGUUUGUCUUUCAAGAGUUUCCGUACGUGGAGUACGCCAUGAUUAUCCUCCCGCACGAGCAGGAGGAGCCGCCGUUUCUGCGCCACUUUGAGCGUGUCCCGCUGCGCCGGUACUAUCCGCGGAACACGAAGGGGGAGGCGGUUCCGACGCCAGAGGGACUUUGGAUUGCCUGCCGCUACGCCGCGGACCCUGUCGCGGUGCUGCCGGUGAGUCGAAGCGAGGACGUCGAGCGAAUCUCGUCAUUUCUUGAGGAACCGUUCAGUGAGUUUUCGCAUCAGCAUGUCGCGGCGCUGUUGGAGGACGUCAGUGUCGCCAACCCAGGCAAUUCCUCGUCGCAGGACAGUGGCUCACGAAUUUCGGCCUGCUUUAUUCUUGAGUCGCCGCUGGGUGGAACACGUGCGCCUGCCGUUGUGGGUGUGGCCUCAACGCGGCGAGUUACGUUGGACGAGAUGUACGCAUUGCGCGCCAAUUACGACCUGGACGUCUUCGUCAACUACUACACCAAUGGCCCGAGGGACUACACGGCGACGGACAUUCACCUUUCCGCAGAGGAGGGGCGACGCAAGUUUUUCCGUCAAGAGAUGCGGGGAAUUUUGGUGCGAAGUUUCUACACGAAGCCCGUCUACCGCCGUCACAUCCCCUUCUUUGUGCGGGAGCUGUUGCGUCACACGCAGUGCGACGUGGCACUCGCGUUGGAAGACGGCCAGGCCUUGCCGUUCGCCCCGCUGCUGCGCCAGUUGCUGCGCGCCCCCCCACGUCGCGUGCAGGAGAAGACGCACACGGCUGUUCCCGAGUUGGAUUCCCAGGCGCUGGGCCUGACCAAGGGCAAAGACACAUUGGCGCUUGCGUGCCUGUUUGUCGGCACCCGACGCAUACUUGGGGAUUGCAAGAAGCUGAUCCACACUCGUAUCGUUGUGGCGGGGGCCGGAUCCACCGGGUUGGCGUGUAUCCAUCGGUUUCUCUCGAUCCCAUAUGUGCAAUUUACUAAUAUUGUCCUCGUCUCCACCGAUGGCUUGCCUGCGCACCCCAACCAGCAGUCUUACAUGUGGUCCGCGGAUCACAUGGAACUCCUGGAGCGCGAACACACGGGCCUCGUGGUUGGAAACCCCAUCCGCGUUGUGCACGGCCUCGUCGUGGACGUCGACACGACCCUGAAGUACGUCAGCGUUGACGACGGUUCCUACGAGCCGUACGACUAUGUUAUUCUGACCACAGGUCGCCAGUACGUUGUGCCGCACUCCAUAUGUCGUCUGCAGCAAUCCGUGCAACACCCGACUUCGCACCCGCAGCGCGGUUUUGUACCAGCAGGCACUCUAGCCCUUUCUGGCGAGUUGUCUGUGGAGAAGCUCCGCCAACAUCUGCAUGACUUGGAUCGCAACCCAAAUAAUAUCAGCAACGUUGUGGUGUACGGCUCUGGGCUAGACGCCUUUGCGGUGGUGACGUCUAUUGUCAACCUUGGCUUUUCCCCACAACGCGUUAUUCUGGUGAGUCCAGAGGCCUCGAACCCUUUUCUGGACGUGGACGCCUUUGACUGCGUUGUGAAGAUGUACAAUUCACUGGGCAUAAACACGCUGCGCGGCUAUGGAGUGACUCGAAUGGAGUACGACGAUGAUGGUGCGGCGCUCACAACCGUGGUGGUGUCACCUGUCUUGGCCUCUCAGGAGGGCGGCGGCGGCGGCGGCGACGGUCCAACAACGGCGGGCAUUUCAAACUCCGUGGAACUGGGCUGCAGCCUCAUUGUCUGCUGUGAAGACAAGGACAUCGACAGUCAUGUGCUCUCCACCUUGAAUAGACGUUCUAUUGUCUUUGACGGGCGUGUCAUUGUUGAGGCGAACUAUCGUACCACCGACAAGUGCGUCUACGCGGCCGGUCCUGUGGCGAUGUUUACCCGCCGCUACGGGACAACCCCGGGCUUUGAUGACUUUAACACCCGUGACGUGGGGACAAGCUUGGCGGAGGUCCUUCUCGGGGUGUUUGGCCUUGAGGAGUUUGCCAAGCAGGACCUCUGUGAAGCGGAGGAUAAGGAUAGGGAGUUGGUCGCGGCCCACAAUCAAUUAUACACCAAAGUUCUACGGGAAAGUGGCAGUCGUGGGGCGGAUUUCUUAAUGGGCAACGGAGCCCAGUCGAUGGAGGACGAUAAGAGGAAUAUCACGACGCUGCAGAAGAACUUGCCGUCGUAUGCCUCGCCUGUGACGAGCCGCAUUCGGCUCCCCGGCAGCUACGUCUUUUUCUACUGUAGAGCUGUGGAUUUUAGCCCGGCCCGCUGCCUGCGUCUCUGCUACUCCAACAUCGCGGAGAACAAGCCCAUCGUGACGGGCAUUGAGGAGCUAAAUCCAAUUCUCGCCCCCACGGACAAUCCCGAGGCGGCGCGGACGCCCGAACAGAGCCUCUUCGUGAUUUACGUGGACGAGCAGACCCAACUCAUUGAGGCGGUGGUGUACUUUGGCAACGGCACCCCGGAGAUGUACCACUACAUGUGCCUGAUUGGGAUGCCGCAGUCCUUGCUGAACCUCCUUUACCGCUACGAAGAGGCCCGCGGCGCCGCGGUGAGCGGGCCGCCGAAGAGCAGUGAAGAGGGCCGUGGCGCGGAUGCUGACAGCGGCGCUGGGGGCCUGAAUCUAAUGGAGUACCUGCGAUCCCCGAAGCUCCAGAUCCUCUUCUACGAUAGAUUCACCGUUUUCUACCGGGAACUGCGGGAGAGGAUGCGGGCGCAUAAGGCGUUGAUGGAGGUGAAGGCCCGCGCGCUUGAGUUUGUUAGCAAGCAGUCGCGGCUCACGGCGGAGAAGCGAAAUGAGCUCGUCAAGGAGCUCACCGCAGAGAGCAGCGCGUUUGCGCGGCAGGUGCAGUAUGAGCUGCUAAAAUUCCUGCACGAGAGCAAAGACUACCUGCCGCAGAUUUACUAUUUGCCAGACAUCCAUGCACAUGUACAGCGGCGUGCGAGGACGCCCACGCCGCCGCCAGAAAAAGACACGAAGGUGGAGUAG